GUGUGACAAGUUCCACGACCCCAUCCAGAAGCUGAAGCUAAGCACGCUUGCCGUCCGCAAGGACGUACCACCACCCGUAGUGCGUUGAAGGUAGCAGUGCUCAAGGCGGAUUGUGCCCUGUUCAGUAAGAUGGCUGUUAUUGCCCAGCAGUGUCAUCUUGACAUUCGUGAGGUUCUUGCAUAUCCGCUUUCAGCUGCGCCCUUGUCGCUAUGCACUGCAGAAGGCACCAUGGUGAAAACAAACAAGGCCGCACUGUUGCAGCUCCUCAGCAAGACGGAUUGUACCAGCCAUGAGCCAGCACCUCCAUCUUCGGCUGCGUUAAUCGUCGAUGCCAUGGCUCUGCUACGGACCCUGAAGCCGACUUCCUUGCCAGGUACGCUCGGAGAACUGGCAAAGCAUGUGUUUAUGUGCCUCUCGAGGAAUUUCCCGCAGUUUCGCCGAAUCGACUUUGUAGCUGAUACGUAUCCAGAAUACUCCAUCAAAGAUGUUGAGCGAAGUCGACGAGCGCAAUCGCAUGGUGAGAUCCGGCUAAGAAUCUCAAGUGGACAGCAGCACACGCCGAAGCAAUGGGCUAAGUUCUUGUCAAGUGGCAGCAGCAAGACUGAGCUUGUUAGCUUCCUUGUUACGGAAUGGUCCACCGAUGCCUACGCCAGCCACCUGAAAGCUAGACAGCUGUACGCAACAGACGGUAUCAGCUGCGUCAAGCUAGUGUCACCUGAUGGCCUCACCACCACAGCAACAGAGUGCUUACGGCUGAACUGCUCACAUGAAGAGGCAGACACUCGGCUUCUGCUGCACGCUCGUGAUGCUUUUGCAGAAGGCUAUACUUCGGUCACGAUCAAGUCGCCGGACACGGACGUAGCGGUUCUGGGUUGCGGACUGAGCCACCGCUUCCCUGACAGUAUGAAGCUCCUGUUUCUGCCUGGUUCUAGGAGCAAAGUCCUGCUCCUGAAUCUCUCAAAGAUUGGCUCUGCGCUAGGCACUUCCGUGUGUGACGCACUGAUCGGCAUGCAUGCCUUUACCGGGUGCGAUACGGUCAGUGCGUUCCACGGAAAGGGCAAGACCAGCGCUUAUCAGCUCCUGACCAGUGAUGGAAGCAAGGGAGACCUGGCACGAAGUUCAAUGGCCGAACUUGGCAAAGCCUUCAACCCGCUGUCAGCAGGCGCCAUGGCAGAAAUCGAGCGGUUUGUCUGCAUGCUGUAUGGCUGGUCAAACCAGUCAAGCGUUAACAGCUUACGGUACGAGUUGUUUUGCUUGCUGGAUAACGCCAAGGAUUCGAGCAGACUGCCCCCAUGCCACGAUGCUCUGCGUAAACACGCAGCAAGGGCCAACUUCCAGGCGGCUGUUUGGUGACGUGCUCUAGAAGCCCAGCCCCCUGUCCCUGAAGCGUACGCUGGAAGCCAUGGUUGGCAGCUGUCCAAUGGCCAGCUGCGCAUUGAUUGGCUCUCGGUAGCUGCAGCACCACAAGCAAUCUUGGAAUUUGUGAAGUGUUCCUGCAAGACCGGCUGCCAAGGGAAUAGAUGCUCAUGCCGCAGCCAAUCCCUUCCCUGCACGGAUGUUUGUGGAUGCAGUAGCGAGUGUAGCAACCGCGAGGAGUCAGGUCAUCCCAUAAUUCAAGAAGAUGACGACACUGUCCAGUAGCCGUUGGAUUACUACACAUGCCUGGUCCAAGAUCUCCAUCACCACAGCUGUCAGCUGUCAUCGUGUUGCAGCAUUGGUGUAACAUUUCUAUCUGUUUAACUGCCUACAGACUGUACUUGCCCUGGCAACCUGGUAGGCCCAUUCGAUCAUGCCACACACUCUUUCCACACUGUUUACUUGUAUAUUUUCAUGUUGAUAACAAUCACAGAAUAAUAUCUGUAAUGAGCCUAAGUGAACUGCAGUAGUCGUUGUCUUCCGUGAUGUUUCCUCUGAUACUGCUACUCUGGCUGGCUAUGUUAUGUGUCAUUCAAAGUACAUCAGACUCUAGGGUACAGUUUACGGAUUCUGGUAAUGUACAUCAUGUAUUACUAAUCUAUCUGUAGUGUGUGCAGCCAUGCAUUCCAACUGCAAAACUUUGAGAGACGACCUAUUGAUUUGAUGCCAGUAGUCCAGUUACUCGAGGACAAUGUCUAUCAUGCAUUGUUUGUUCUUUCUCUCUCAAAUCAUUUCUUGUUUUCAAGUUCUUUUCUCUGAUCGCUGUGUCUGAGCCCUGCUGCUGAGCUAUUGCCUGUGGCUGCUUGUACUCAAUCGUUGCCAUGCGUUUAAGCAGCUCAAUCAAUGCUAAUACAUGGCCAAUCGAAACGGUCUGUCCUCUGCAUUCAUGAAACGGGGCGUAGUGGUGCACCCAUUGCAUGAAAGUCUUUCCAGAUAAGUUAUUUCAAGGCAUGCUUCUAAUCCAUAAUAUAUAUAUAAUAUUCCAGGAUUUGAGCACUCUGGCACGGUACGUUCGGGCCUGAUUGGAAAUUUUUAUUUCCAUUGCUAUCAGGCUCGGCCUCAUUUCCUCUGUGCUGCGCUGACGAGUCCACAAAGGACGA